AUGGGUGAAAAAGGAGGAUAUCAGAAGAAAAGCACGAAAACUCGCCAAGAUAUCGUCGAAGACGGAUUCGAUGACGAGAUUGACGCCUUUCAUAAACAGUCGGAUAUUGUUCCUUUGGAUGUUAACGAUGACACUGAUGAAUCAGACGAUGAUGGUGAUCAACCAGUUUUUGAUUUAAAGGGUGUGGAUGAUGAUAAUGAUGAAGAUGAGGAUGAGGAGGAUGAAGAUACAGAAGAAAAAGAGGAAUCCGAAAAUGGACUUACUGCGAAAAUGAUUAGGCAAAAUAAAUAUCUGCGAGCUAAGUUUGGUGAUGUUGAUGAUGAAAUGGCUGAGGACGAUAAGGAUAAAGAUGAGAAAAAAGAAACGGGCAAAUGGCGCCAACGCCAUGGUGGUGAUAAUGUUGAUUAUGAGAUCCAAAGUGAUGAUGAAGACCUUAUAGCUGAAGAAAAGGAGGCGAAAAGACUACGGGCAGAACAACUAGAAUCCAUUACACCUGCUGAUGCUGGGUUAGAAGAUGAUAGUGAAGAAGAGAGUGACAGAGAACUAACCAUGGAGGAAAUUUCUGUAAAAGGCAAGAAGGCUACAAAGUCGAUCACAGAUAAGAAAGAGAAGGAUGACAAGGAUACACAUGUUGAAGAGAUCAAGAAAGACUUAAACUCGUUGUCAAAAGAAGAGCAAAUGGAUGUAGUGUAUAGUUCUGCUCCGGAAAUAGUUGGUCUUUUAUCUGAGUUGAAUGAUGCAGUCGACGAGCUUGAGAAUAAAAUAAAUCCUGUUAUGAGUAAGUUAAAGGAAGUAGGAGUUCCGUUGAAUGGUGCAACAAAGUACUUGGAGGUUAAGCAGCUUCUGCUACUAACCUAUUGCCAAUCUAUAACAUUUUAUUUUCUACUCAAGUCUGAAGGACAGCUCAUCCGUGAUCAUCCGGUCCUUGCCCGUCUUGUAGACAUCAAAGCUUUACUGGAUAAGAUCAAAGAACUUGAUGGAGAGCUUCCCCCUGGAUUUGAGGAGUCUCUGUCGAGAAGUAUUGCUAAUGAAACAGAGCAAAAGGUGGUCAAAGAAGAUGCACCUGAUUCUUCUUCGGUAGUUAAAAUUACACAAGACACAGUCGGGCCGAUGAAAAUUGACAAGAAGAUAAAAGGAGAGAAACGCAAGCACCAGAAUGAUAAAGUUGAUAUGCAGAGUGAGGAAAUGUUGAAACUUCGAGCUGCUCUAGAGGGAAAGUUAAGAAACAAUGGAGUUUUUGGUUCUACUGUUUCCAAGUCUGAUAAAGCUCAAAAACGUCAGAAAUUAGCUAAUAGGAAGCUAGAGACAUUCGAUGAUUAUGUGGAUGAUGCAGACAACAGCACACCUGAUGUACCAGCUGAUAAGCUCACCAAGCUUGUGUCCACCAAACGGAAGCCAAAGACUAUAUCUGGAGACGAUGAUUUACCGCAAAGGGAUGAUAUUGGAGAACGGCGUAGAAAGUUUGAGCUCAAAGUUUUGGCUGGAGCUGGUGUGAACUCAGAGGAAGAUGGCAAGAAUGAAAGUGGGACAUUUGCAUCAGAAGAUGACGACAAUGAUGAUGAUGAUAUUGACAUGGUUGAUAAUGAUGGCGAAUCAGAAGAAGGCUCAGAAGAUGAAUUCUACAAGCAAGUGAAACAGACACAUCAAGCUAAACGGUCUGCCAAAGCAGAGAUCUAUUCAAGGAAACCAUCAUUUCCUCCCUCGUCAUUACCAGAAAGCGUGGAUGGGAAACGAUUUAUUUCAAACGAGAUGAAUAAGAACAGAGGAUUGACUCGACAUCGCAACAAGGACCUAAAGAACCCGAGAAAGAAGUACCGGGUAAAGCACCAGCAGAAAGUCAUCAGACGCAAAGGACAAGUCAGAGACAUCAGGAAACCUUCGGGUCCAUCAUAUGGAGGAGAAGGUUCCGGUAUCAAUCCCAACAUAAGCCGGAGCAUCCGAUUCAAGAACUAG